AACUAUGGGGGAGUUCAGUGACGUGACUAUUACGCCGUCUGCUGACCCCUGGCAGAGACGGUUUCUUAUUCUGAGAGCUGAGCUGGGAAGACCUCCUGGUGAGGAGCAGAAGGGCACCAAGUAGAAGUACAGAGGGACGGGGGCAGGACCUGGGUACUUGCUGGGAAUUUAAAGAAACCUUCCUAGGUGGUCAGCCAGACUAGGGGCAGCAACUCCACAGGGUGGGAGCUUCAUGGUUACUCUGCAGCCCUGGACCCUGCACCUACAGGGCAGGUGCUGGAGGUUCUGGGUCUCACUCCAGGUUGGUGGUGGGGUGGCCCCAGUCUUCCAGCAGCCACCCCAACCUCAGUUUCCCAGUGGCUCUACCCGAGUUGCCUUUUGCAGAAGCCAAAACUGAAGCUCUAGGGAGGUGGGCUUGGCUGCUGAGGCCUAUGACAGGCGGUGUGGCCCAGCAGUGUGGCCCAAGUCCCUGCAGGACUCCACAAUGGCCCCGAGUGGGGCUAGGGAUGGCUAGCACACUGAGGAGGAACUUAGCAUGGGCCUGGCACUUUUCUAAGGCUCGCAUUACAAUCAGUAAUUCUGCCACAGCCAAAGGAAGUAGUGUCCAGCGCACCCAUUUUACAGGUGAGGAAACUGAAUCGAGUUAUUUCUAGUCACAGAGCCAGAAAGCGGCUGAGCCAGGAUUCAAAUACACAUCUCACAACCGGGAAGCCAGGAAGCCCACAUGGACCUAUGGACACUCCCCCACAUACACACACACACACACCCCUGGAGGAGGCGGUGCGCGGGGCUGGGCGGGGUCAUCAGGUCCCAACCGGAGGAAGUGUCUGGCCCCCGUUUGCAGGGGUUCCCAGGGCUGCCGCCGCGAGUCCUUCGUUGGGUCAGGUCAUGGAGGCGGAGCCGCCGCUCUACCCAGUGGCCGGGGCCGUAGGGGCGCAGGGAGACCAGGACCAGCUCGGGGUCCCCGAUGGGCCCGAGGCUCCGCUGGACGAGCUGGUGGGUGCGUACCCCAACUACAACGAGGAGGAGGAGGAGCGCCGCUACUACCGCCGCAAGCGCCUCGGCGUGCUCAAGAACGUGCUGGCGGCCAGCGCGGGCGGCACGCUCACCUACGGCGUCUACCUGGGCCUCCUGCAGAUGCAGCUGAUCCUGCACUACGACGAGACCUACCGCGAGGUGAAGUACGGCAACAUGGGGCUGCCCGACAUCGACAGUAAGAUGCUGAUGGGCAUCAACGUGACGCCCAUUGCGGCCCUGCUCUACACGCCCGUGCUUAUCAGGUUUUUUGGCACUAAAUGGAUGAUGUUCCUGGCUGUGGGCAUCUAUGCCCUCUUUGUCUCCACUAACUACUGGGAGCGCUACUACACGCUUGUGCCUUCGGCAGUGGCCCUGGGCAUGGCCAUCGUGCCUCUCUGGGCAUCCAUGGGCAACUACAUCACCAGGAUGGCGCAGAAAUACUAUGAGUACUCCCACUACAAGGAGCAGGAAGAGCAGGGGCCUCAGCAGCGUCCUCCGCGGGGCUCCCAUGCACCCUAUCUCCUGGUCUUCCAAGCCAUCUUCUAUAGCUUCUUCCAUCUGAGCUUUGCCUGUGCCCAACUGCCCAUGAUUUAUUUCCUGAAUGACUACCUGUAUGACCUGAACCACACAUUGUACAGAGUGCAGAGCUGCGGCACUAAAAGCGAAGGCAUCCUCAGCGGCUUCAACCAGACGGUUCUGCAGACGCUACCGCGGAGCCGGAACCUCAUCGUGGUGGAGAGCGUGCUCAUGGCGGUGGCUUUCCUGGCCAUGCUGCUGGUGCUGGGGCUGUGCGGUGCUGCUUACCGGCCCACCGAGGAAAUCGACCUGCGCAGCGUGGGCUGGGGCAACAUCUUCCAGCUGCCCUUCAAGCACGUGCGUGACUUCCGCCUGCGCCACCUAGUGCCCUUCUUUAUCUAUAGCGGCUUCGAGGUGCUCUUCGCCUGCACUGGUCUGGCCCUAGGCUAUGGCGUGUGCUCCCUGGGGCUGGAGCGGCUGGCCUACCUUCUUGUGGCUUACAGCCUGGGCGCCUCAGCUGCCUCAUUCCUGGGCUUGCUGGGGCUGUGGCUGCCACGCUCCGUGCCCCUGGUGGCUGGGGCAGGGCUACACCUGCUACUCACCCUGGGCCUCUUCUUCUGGGCCCCCAAGCCUCGGGUCCUGCAAUACAGCUGGGUCCUGUAUGUGACAGCCAUCCUCUGGGGUGUGGGCAGUGCCCUCAACAAGACGGGACUCAGCACACUCCUGGGAGUCCUGUAUGAGGACAAAGAAAGACAAGACUUCAUCUUCACCAUCUACCACUGGUGGCAGGCUGUGGCCAUCUUCAUCGUGUACUUGGGUUCGAGCCUGCCCAUGAAGGCUAAGCUGGCGGUGUUACUGGUGACGCUGGUGGCGGCCGUGGCCUCGUACCUGCGCAUGGAACAGAAGCUGCAGCGGGGCGUGGUCCCGCGCCAGCCCCGCAUCCCGCGGCCACAGCAUAAAGUGCGGGGCUACCGCUACCUGGAGGAGGACAACUCGGACGAGAGCGACCAGGAGGGGGAGCGCGGCGCCGGCGGCGGCGGAGGCGGCGGCCACCGGGAGGACUGUGCGGACGAUGCACUGCCCGCCGGGCCUCGGCCCAGGGCGGACCAAGGCCCCUGCCGCCGGCCCUGCCCCUACGAACAGGCACAGGGGGGUGACGGGCCCGAGGAGCUGUGAGGGACCGGGGCAGCCUGGCUCCUGGAUUCGGCUUCCUCGCUUGCAGCCAACUUUACCAUCUUUCAGAUCGGCGCGGGGGUCCCUUCUGAAUCCUGCCCCAUCUUCAGGAAGGACUCUCUGCCCUUUCCCCAUACUGGGAGAUGGGGCUCCUGGAGCUGGAAAUCACCUAGAACUUGCGCAGCCGUCUCCUCCUUGGCGGGACCAGGCCUUGAGACCCCCUAGGCUAAGCCCAGGGUUCGAAACCCGGAAGGGUCUUCACAACCCUCCCCCACCAAGACCGUCAUCCCCAGCACGUGCCCCAGCCCCAGAGCAGGAGACAGGUCUUUCUGCAAACUGCACCCCCACACCGGGUUCCUCCUGGCUCCCUGCCUCAGGAUUGGCCUGCUUUGAAGCACAUUUUGCAUUUCCUAUUCCCAGAUUUUACCAAGAUGCACUUUUUUUUUUUUUGCUAGAAAAUAAACAAUAAAGAGAUUUUGUAUUGUUCUGA